AUGUUGCUGACCGUGUGGGAGUGGGAGGAUGAGGACGGGAGAGAGAGCAUAGAGCCCAUCUCCUCCAUCAUCAGCUUUAACCGGUCCCUGAGUGACUGUGAUGUGGAGGAAUACCUGAAGGUCAAGGCCAAGGCCCAGGAGUCUAACUCUGACCACCAGCACAACACCGUCGGGUCCUCAGACAAUCCUGCCAGUUCCUUCAAAUCUGAUGCACUAUAGCUCAUCCCCUGGAAAUUCGCCAUCUUGCUGGCCUUUUCUGUGAACAUGGCAAAGAGAGUGGCCGAUGCCAGCCAGGAGCAGAGGUCAGAAAAAGAAACAGCAAUUUUAGGGGGCCCAACUAUAUUUUCAUGGACCCAAACUUUUAACAUCAGUGUGACAAAGGAAUUAUUAAAGAAAAUAAAUGUUCGCAAAAUAACCUUGAUGCUCUGGAACAUUAAGGACAAAUUCCAAAAAAAAGUCAGUUAUUAUCAAUUAAAGACCACUGGUUACUCGGAUGAUGUAGGAUCUUCUGCAAAGUCAGAUGAAGUGAGAUACUUGGUUUUAAAUCAGAGAACAUUAUCUGAACAGGGCACUGAGAAAGUCGGUGUUGUCAGAGAGGAGUGGAACCAGGAAUAUCCACCAGGAAAACAAGAAAAAGCAGAAAAACCCUCAGAGGCUUUGCGAGGUUCUCAGCAAGCAGUGCCUGAAGCUUCUUCCAAGAACAGUCAGGAAUAUGAAAAGUUACUCAAACCAGAUGAUUCUUCCCUAACUGGAGUAUUUCAAGAGUACAAGCUAUUUUCUUUGUCAGACGUAACCAUGAUGGAGAUCAGGGAAUUAAUUGAGAGAUCAUCAUGCAACUUAACAAACAUAUUAGACAAAGAUCUCAAA